AUGUUGAAACGUCCUACUGAUCAUAACCAUGAAAACGAUUCUGUAGAAAUAUUAAACAGACAAAAAUUAAGCAAUAAUUUAAAACGAAAGGCAAUAGACGAUCUAUAUGAUAAGCCCUCAAAACUCAUUCAUAGGGAAUUGUCAAAUGACGUAUCGACAUUGACCAGUUAUGAUUUAACUUUAAUUCGCAAAAAUAUGCAUCACGCCCGAGCAUCUGUAAUUCCCAAGCUGCCAAAUAAUAUAUUAGAUUUACAUAAUUCAUUGAAAGAAGAAAACAUUAAAAGUAACCAAGAUGAAAAGUUUCUAUUAGUUAACGACCAUGAAAAUAAUAUACUAGUUUUUUCAACAAUAACUAAUUUGAAGUUCUUAGGUCAAGUUGACACAAUAUUUGUUGAUGGAACUUUUAAAAGUUGUCCUAAGUUAUUUACACAAUUAUUCACCAUUCACGGUUUAUCAAAUGGAAAUUACAUACCAUUAGUUUUUUUUUUAUUAAUUGAUAAAAAUGUAGAAACUUACAAGAAAGCAUUUUUUCAUCUAAAUUCAGAAUCAAUUCACUCGGCCGCAUUAUUUGUUUGGCCAUCUGUCGAAUUAAAAGGAUGCCGAUUCCAUUUAGGCCAGAGUUGGUGGAGAAAAAUUCAAGCUCUAGGUUUGAGUAAUGAAUAUAAUCUAAAUUCAGAAAUAAGCAAUUACCUAAAAAUAUUUUUUGGUCUCCCUUUUUUGAAACCUGAAGAUGUAGAAAACUGUUUUACCGAUGAUAUAGUAUCAAUUUUACCACAGAAUAAAAAAGUAGAAACAUUUACAGAUUAUAUUUUAAACACAUAUUUAACCCCCGAUUGUGACUUUCCUCCUUCUUUAUGGGCAAUGUAUUCGGGAUCAAUUACAAGGACAACAAAUAGCUGUGAAGCUUUCCAUUCAAAAUUAAACGAGGUUAGUCCUAAAAAGAACUGUUUAAGUCCUAAAAAGAACUGUUUAAGUCCUAAAAAGAACUGGUUAAGUAAAGUAUUCGCUUUCUGA